ACCUAGCAACAGCAAUGAUUAGUAACACUGACUGCCUUUCCAUGUGCUUAUUGGCCAUUCAUGUUUCUCUUUGGAGAAAUAUCUGGUCAGAUCCUUUGCCCAUUUUUGAACUGACUUCUUUGGUUUCUUGUUGAGUUACAGGAGUUCUGUCUGUAUUCUGGUUAUCAAUCCCUUAUCAGGAGCCUAUCCUAUGGAAAGAACCUGAAAAUCCAACUCCAGGACUUGGCCUAGGAACUCAGGAGACCCUCUCUGUGGACAUCCUAGAAUAUCUAUGGUGAACCAGGGAGCCAGGGCUGGUUAUUUUUAAAGAGCUUAAUGUCUUAUUCCAAGGGGACAGAGCACUCAUGGUGGAAACAAAGGCAUCAUGUUAGACUGGCUGGGGGAGAAAUUUGAAUUUGAAGGACUUUCCCAGAAAUUAUACCAUCCAGGCACUCCUCACUUCCGCCUGGCGCCUUGCUGCCCUGGAUGAGUUCUUUAUGGGCCGCAUGGACUUUGGACACUCUAGCCUGGAAAAGAAGCCAUGCCAUAGGCUGUGGUCUCAUCCUUGUGCCAAGAUCACACAGAAGCCAGAGAUUAUCCCUUGUCUGGUGCCGCCUAGGGUUCCCAAGCCUUGGAAAUUAACUGGCCUGAGAGCUCACCUGCCUACCUGGUCCCUGCAGGGUCAGCUCCUCAUGGACCCCAUUAGUCUCCAACUGGGCACCAGGAACCUGCAUGGAUGUCUCGUGAGGCUGCUCAGCAGAGACCUAGAAUGGCUAAACGCCAAGGUGAAGUUACUCCUCCCCAAUAUGGACCUGGGCUCUGGAAAUCAGGCCCUAGACCCCACACAGAGGGUCAUCCUGAUACUCCAAAAGCUGCAUACCCAGGGUCCGACCACCUGGAAGUCAUUCAUCCACUGCGUGUGCAUGGAGCAGGAUGUGCCGCUGGACAUGGAGGUGCCGCUGAUGAGCACGUGGGGCCACGAAGACGGCUUCCCCAGUUUUCUGGAAAUUGGCGAGGAAAGCCAAUCAGACUCUCAGCUCCACCCUGGCCUCAAGCGGCCUCAUCAGAGCUGUGGGUCCUCACCUCGUCCAAAACAGCUCAGGAAGCAGCAACAAGAGUUGGCCAAGAGGUACCUGCAGCUACUGAGAACUUCUGCCCAGCAGCGCUAUGGCGACAGGACCCCCGGGCCGGGGCAGCCGUUGGCCUUCCACCAAGCCUACGUCCCUCCAAUCUUGCAAUGGAGCCGUGCCUCGGCGCCCUUCCACACGCAGGAGGGUGCCGUGACAGGGGACCCCAAGGCAGAAGAUGGCGCCCUCGUGAACAUUCGGGACCUCUUCAGUACCAAGGCCAGCAAGGGCCCGAGAGUGAGGGUGCUUCUGGGGAAGGCAGGCAUGGGCAAGACCACGCUGGCCCACCGGCUCUGCCGGAAGUGGGCUGAUGGUCAGCUGGACCGCUUCCAGGCCGUGUUCCUUUUCGAAUUCCGCCAGCUCAACCUGAUCACAGGUUCCUUGACGCUGCCGCAACUCCUUUUUGAUGUGUACCUGAGGCCCGAGGCCAGCCCCGAGGCUGUCUUCCAGCACCUGAAGGAGAACGCGGACGGAAUCCUGCUGAUCUUCGACGGGCUGGACGAGAUCCUCCAGCCCUGCUCUGACAGCGAGACCGCGGAUCCGGAGGACCCGGCGUCCGCCCUCACCCUCUUCUCCCGUCUCUGCCAUGGGACCCUCCUGCCUGGCUGCUGGGUGAUGGCCACCUCCCGUCCAGGGAAGCUGCCUGCCUGCCUGCCCACCGAGGCGGCCACGGUCCACAUGUGGGGCUUCGACGGCCCGCGGGUGGAGGAGUACGUGAACCACUUCUUCAGUGACCAGCCUUCCCAGGAGGCGGCCCUGGCAGAGCUGCGCGCGGACAGACACCUCUGGAGCCUGUGUGCAGUGCCUGCGCUGUGCCGAGUCGCCUGCCUCUGCCUCCAUCACCUGCUCCCGGACAGGUCUCCAGGCCAGUCGGCGGCCCUCCUGCCUACCAUGACGCAGAACUAUGUGCAGAUGCUCCUCACCCUCAACCCCCGAGGGGUCCUGCCUGCUGAGCCCCUGCUGGGUCUCGGGGAGGUGGCCCUGAGCGGCCUGAAGUCAGGGAAGGUCAUCUUCUCUGCAGGAGACAUCCCUGCAUCCACCCUGGCCUUUGGGGCUGCCCUUGGCCUGCUGACCUCUUUCUGCGUGCGCACGGGGCCCGGGCACCAGGACACGGGCUACGCCUUCUCCCACCUCAGCCUGCAGGAGUUCUUCGCGGCCCUGCACCUGAUGGCCAGUCCCCAGGUGGACAGAGAGACCCUCAGCCAACACGUCACCCUGCAUUCUCGCUGGGUGCAGCGGACCAAAGCCAGGCUGGGCCUGUUGGACCACCUUCCCACCUUUCUGGCCGGCCUGGCGUCCCACGCCUGCCGCGCCUUCCUCAGCCUCCUGGCUCAGCGGGAGGAAGAGUGGGUGGCUGACAAGCAGGCGGCAGUCCUGCAGGCACUGAGGAAGUUGGCCACCCGUCGGCUCACGGGGCCCAAGGUUGUCGAGCUGUGUCACUGUGUGGGUGAGACGCAGGAGCCUGAGUUGGCCGGCUUCAUGGCCCACAGCCUCCCCCAGCAGCUGCCCUUCCACAACUUCCUGCUGACCUACGCUGACCUGGCCUCCCUGACCAACAUCCUGGGGCACAGGGAUGGCCCCAUCCACCUGGAUUUUGAGGGCUGCCCCCUGGAGCCCCGCUGCCCUGAAACCCUGGCAGGCUGUGGGCAGGUAGAGAAUCUCAGCUUUAAGAGUAGGAAGUGUGGGGACGCCUUUGCAGAAGCCCUCUCCAGGAGCUUGCCAACGAUGGGGAGCCUGAAGAAGCUGGGGUUAGCAGGAAGUAAGAUCACUGCUCGAGGCAUCAGCCACCUGGUACAGGCUUUGCCCCUCUGCCCACAGCUGGAGGAGGUCAGCUUCCAGGACAAUCAGCUCAAGGACAGGGAAGUGCUGGACAUCGUGAAGGUACUCUCUCGCCUACCACGGCUCCAGAAACUUGACCUGAGCCGCAACAGUGUCUCCGUGUCAACACUACUCUCCUUGACAAAGGUGGCGGUCACGUGCCCUACCGUCAGGAUGCUCCAGGUCAGAGACCCAGACUUACAGGGAAAUGCCAACCAGAGGAAAGAGGCUCAGAGGAGAUGCCUGGCACUCAGGCUCCAGAAGUGUCAGCUUGGGGUCCAUGAUGUGGAGGUGCUCAUAGCCCAGCUGCGGGAAGGUCCACAACUGGAUGAAGUGGACCUCUCAGGGAACCAGCUCAAAGAUGAAGGCUGUCGACUGAUGGCAGAGGCUGCUCCUCAACUGCACAUCACGAAGAAGCUGAACCUCAGCGACAAUGGGCUUUCUGUGACCGGGGUGCUGGGUAUGCUGAGUGUGGUGAGCAUGUGCCAAACCCUGACAGAGCUACAUAUCAGCCUGCUGCACAAAACUGUGGUCUUCACGUUUGCCCCUGAGCAAGAGGAGCAGGAGGGGACCCAGAAGAGGGCUACGUUUCCUGACAGCCUUACGUUCCAGAUGCCCUCUGAGCCGUCCUUGCGCUCCCCGAGGAUCAGGUACCACCGUGAUGGCCUGCAGGCUCCUCCGUGGCUCCAGCCUCCUCCCUUCCUGGGUGCAGGGUCUGUCCCCGAGCCCCAGCCCCAGGUGCUCCCAGAGGACAUGACCUGCUGUCCUGACCUGGUUUUCCUGCCUGUCGCCUCCCCUGCCCAGCCCACCCCACAUGGGGCUCACAGGACAGCCCCUCAGUCACCUUCCCUGCCCAAGGUCCCCACCCCUGUCAGCCCCCCAGACCUCCACUUAUCAGGCAAUGCUCUGGGGGAUGAAGGUGUGGCCCUGCUGGCUCGGCUGCUCCCAGGACUGGGUUCUCUGCAGUCCUUGAACCUCAGUGAGAACGGCUUGUCCCUGGAGGGUGUGUUCCGUUUGACCCAGUGCUUCUCUACUCUGCGGUGGCUCCUACAUUUGGAAUUCAGCUUUGCAAGCCAACACGUCAUCCUGAGAGGUGACAAAAGAGGCAGGGAUCUGUUAGCUGCUGGAUCUUUGCCAGAGUUCCGAGCUGGAGCCCGGUUGGGGUUUGGUCAGCGCCACAUCCCCAGGAGCUUCUGCCUCAGGGAAUGUCAGCUGGAGCCCCCGAGCAUCUCCCACCUCUGCAAGUCUCUGGAGAAGUGCCCGGGGCCCCUGGAAGUCCAAUUGUCCUGCGAGGUGCUGAGUGACCAGAGCCUGGAGACCCUGCUGCACUGCCUACCACAGCUCCCCCAGCUAAGCCUGCUGCAACUGAGCCAGACGCAACUGCCUCCAAGGAGCCCCUUCCUGCUAGCUGACCUCUUUAACCUGUGCCCACAAGUUCAGAAGGUGGAUCUCAGGUCCCUGCGUCAUUUGACCCUGCACUUCAGGUCUGGUGAGGAGCAGGAAGACAGGUGCUGUUGCAGGUUUACUGACUGCGGCCUCCGCCAGGAACACGUGAAGCCACUGUGCUGGUUGCUGAGCAAGGACCUCAACCAGCUGGACCUCUCAGCAAACCUGCUGGGUGAUGAUGGGCUCAGGUGCCUCCUGGAACGCCUCCCCCAGGUGCCCAUCUCCGGUUCACUUGAUCUAAGCCACAACAGUAUGUCUCAGGAAAGCGUCUUGUCCCUGCUGGAGGCUCUGCCCUCCUGUCCACGUGUCCGGGAGGCCUCAGUGAACCUGGGCUCCAAGCAGAGCUUCUGGAUUCACUUCUCCCGACAGGAGGAGACUGGGAAGACACUAAGGCUGAGCGAGUGCCACUUCAAGCCAGAGCACGUGCCCAGACUGGCCACCAGCCUGAGCCAGGCCCUGCAGCUGACAGAGCUCAUGCUGACCUGUUGUUUCCCCGGUCUGGAGCAGCUGACCGUCCUCCUGGGUCUGCUAACGUGGCCGAUGGGGCUGCUCACUCUCAGGGUGGAGGAGCCCUGGGUGGGCAGAGCCGGGGUGCUCACGCUGCUGGAAGUCUGUGCCCAGGCCUCAGGCAACAUCACUGAAAUAAGCAUCUCCAAGACCCAGCAACAGCUCUGUAUCCAGCUGGAAUUUCCCCAUCAGGAGAACCCAGAAGCCGUGGCCCUCAGGCUGGCUCACUGUGACCUGGGAACCCACCAAAACCUCCUUGCCAGGCAGCUGAUGGAGACAUGUGCCCGGCUGCGGCAGCUCAGCUUGUCCCAAGUGAACCUCUGUGAUGCCAGCUCUCUGCUGCUGCAAAGCCUCCUGCUAUCCCUCUCUGAGCUGAAGAACUUCCGGCUGACCUCCAGUUGUGUGAGCUCCAAGGGGCUAGCCCACCUGACAUCUGGUCUGAGCCAUUGUCACCUUCUGGAGGAGCUGGACUUGUCUAACAGUCAACUUGGUGAGGAGGGCACCAAGAUGUUGUUGGGGGCCCUUGAGGGCAAGUGCAGGCUGAAGAGGCUUGACCUCAGCCACCUCCCACUGGGCGGCUCCACCCUGGCUGUGCUCACUCAAGGACUCGGCCACAUGGCAUUCCUGCAGAGCCUCCGUCUGAGCAGGAGCAACGUCGAUGACGUCGGCUGCUGCCACCUUUCAAAGGCUCUCAGAGCUGCCACCAGCUUGGAGGAGCUGGGCUUGAGCCACAACCAGAUCGGAGACACCGGUGCCCAGGACUUAGCUGCUGUCCUGCCGGGGCUCCCUGAGCUCAGGAAGAUAGACCUCACAGCGAAUGGCAUCGGCCCAGCAGGGGGAGCGCGGUUGGCAGACUCUCUCACCCUUUGCACGCACCUCGAGGAGCUGAUGCUUGGCUUCAAUGCCCUGGGAGACUGCACAGCCCUGGGUCUGGCCAACGGGCUCCCCCGGCACCUGAGGGUCCUGCACCUGCCAUCCAGCCAUCUGAGCCCAGAGGGGGUGCUGAGCCUGGGCCAGGCCCUGGAUGGAUGCCCACACGUGGAAGAGAUCAGCUUGGCAGAGAACAGCCUGACCGGAGGGGUCCCGCGUUUCCAUCAGGGGCUCCCACUGCUCCGGCAGCUUGACCUGGUGUCGUGUGAGAUUGACAACCAGACCGCCAAGCCCCUCGCCGCCAGCUUCGUGCUCUGUCCGGCCCUGGAAGAAAUCAUGCUGUCCUGGAAUCUGCUCGGGGAUGAGGCAGCUGCUGAGCUGGCCCGGGUCCUGCCACAGAUGGGCCGGCUGAAGAGAGUGGACCUGGAGAAGAAUCGGAUCACAGCUUAUGGAGCCUGGCUCCUGGCUGAAGGGCUGGCUCAGGGAUCUGGCAUCCAAGUCAUUCGCCUCUGGAAUAACCCCAUUCCCCCGGACAUGGCCCAGCAUCUGCAGAACCAGGAGCCCAGGCUGGAUUUUGCUUUCUUCGACAACCAGCCACAAGUCAUCCCCCGGGGUACCUGAUGGUGCCCUCAAGUGCGUUUGAAUCCAGCCGGGUGAUGCCAAUUUCCAUCCACGAGGAUAGAGGGCUCAUGAAAAAAGCUGGCUGUCCCUGGAUCAAGAGGGAGAAACACGCUUUUCCUGUAGCAGUCUUCAGGGAGGACAUUUUUGGUGACAAAGAGCAGAGUAUGACUACCCUACAUCCCAUGGGACAUGCAUGGCCAGUCGGGAACAUGAAGCACAAUGAGCAUGUCAUGGUGCAGUGUGUGAUGUGGAAGGUCACAUGUGGGAACAUUCCACGUGACAUUGCACAAUACCUGCAGUGUGGCUUGUGGGUCAGUGGCAUGGGUCCUGGCACUACAUGUGAUGGGUGGUUCAUAUAUGAGAUGUGACAGAUGUCCAGGUCUUGGGCCAUGUGACUGGCCAUAUUCCCUCAGGCUGGUCCAAGAUCUAAUUUAUUACUUUUUAAAACCAAAUCUGUAUUUAUAAAUUGCAUUUCCAGAGCAGCUAAACCAGGGAACAUCUUCUGCCCAGAAUGGGCUGGGGAGAGUGUCCAAGCACUAACAAGCCAGGGAUUUAGCCAUGAGGCUUCUCAAUGAGUGUCUUCCUGCCUCAAGUCUCAGUUUUCCCAUCUGUAAACUGGAUCACCUCCUCUCCCUUAAUUUCCAAGGUCUUUGGGCCCAACUCCAGGUCGAGCCAGCAUGACCUUGAAUGGGCCCCGUCUGUGUGGUGUAAGGGACGAAGCUAGGCCUAAGGGUGCAGGGGGUGGGGACUGUCAAGACAGUCAGGAAAGAUCACUGGAUCCAGCCACUACCUCAGCACAAUCUGAUCAAGCACGCAGGGGCUACAUGUUACACCAUGUCCUCAUUACUUCCAAGAGGGGCCAAGGGUGGUCCUGCUACACUGUAACCCUAGUUUGACCAAUAAAUGUGGGUGAUCUUCCA